GCCCCGGGGCCGGGGGGAAGGAAGGAUGGUGCCCGAGGUGCGGAUCCUCGCCGCCUUGCUGGGACUGGCGCUGCUCGGGUUCCCCCUGGACUCCCACGCCCGCCCAGACAUGUUCUGCCUUUUCCAUGGGAAGAGAUACUCCCCUGGAGACAGCUGGCACCCCUAUCUGGAGCCCCAUGGCCUGAUGUACUGCCUGCGCUGCACCUGCUCUGAGACUGCCCAUGUGAAUUGUUACCGCCUGCACUGCCCACCUGCCCACUGCCCACAUCCUGUGGCGGAGCCCCAGCAGUGCUGUCCCCGAUGUGUGGAGCCCCGCACGCCUUCUGGGCUCCGGGCUCUUCCCAAGUCCUGCCAGCACAAUGGGACCACAUACCAACAUGGAGAGAUCUUCAAUGCCCAGGAGCUGUUCCCCGCCCGCCUGCCCAACCAGUGUGCCUUGUGCAGAUGCAGCGAGGGCCAGAUCUACUGUGGCCUCACCACCUGUCCUGAGCCUGGCUGCCCAGCACCCUUCCCACUGCCCGACUCCUGCUGCCAGGCCUGCUCAGAUGGAGCAAGUGAGAAAUCUGCUGAGGACCACACCGUGUCAUCGCAUCAGGGGGUGAGAAAUUCCCAGGAUCCGUGUUCUGGCCAUGGUGGGAGGAGAGGCCUAGGCACCCCGGCCCCUACUGGCCUCAGUUCCCCUCUGAGUUUCAUCCCUCGCCACUUCCGGCCAAAGGCGGCAGGCAGCACGACUGUCAAGAUUGUCCUGAAGGAGAAACAUAAGAAAGCCUGUGUGCAUGGGGGGAAGACAUACUCUCACGGCGAGGUGUGGCACCCGGUCUUCCGCUCCUUCGGCCCCCUGCCCUGCAUCCUGUGUACUUGUCAGGACGGUCACCAAGACUGCAAGCGUGUGACCUGUCCCACCGAAUACCCCUGCCACAACCCCAAGAAAGUAGCUGGGAAAUGUUGCAAGAUUUGUCCAGAGGACAAGGCUGACCCUGGCCACAGGGAGAUCAGUUCCAGCAAGUGUCCCAAGGUGCCUGAGCAAGUCCUCAUCCACAUGUCAGACUCCCCAGGCCCAGACAACCUGCACCGCUUUGCCCUUGAGUGGGAGGCUUCUGACCAGGUGGAGAUCUACCUCUGGAAGCUGGUGAGAGAUGAGGAAACUGAGGCUCAGAGAGGUGAAGUACCUGGCCCAAGGCCACACAGCCAGAAUCUUCCACUUGAUCCAGAUCAAGAAAGUCAGGAAGCAAGACUUCCAGAAAGAAGCACAGAGCUUCCGGCUACUUACGGGUACCCAGGAAGGUCACUGGACCAUCUUCCGAGCCCAGUCUCCAGAGCUGAAGGUCACAGCCAGUCCAGACAAAGUGACCAAGACCUUAUAACAAAGACCUAAACAGUUGCAGAUAUGAAUUUUAUUGUUUUUGUUAUUAUAUAUUAAUAAAGA